AUGGACUCGACUAAGCCGAAGAGGGAGUCCUGGGCGGAUUCAGCGGAGGAGGAGGAAGCGGAGUUAAAAGAAGCGGAGCUCAAGGCGGCUGCAGCGGCGGCGGCGGCGGAGGUGGCGGCGAAUGCCGCGAAAGACGCGGACGACGCGGAGGACGCGCCGCCGGGCUUGACGCCACGAUCUGCGGCGAAGAACACGGAAUUCGGCGAGAGCGCGGAGAAGGCGGCUGCGGAUUUGGAUUCGCUGAAAGUCAGCGAAGGCGUGGUGGAUCAACCCGACCUGAGCAUCAAAACCGGCGAGCUGAACGACGUGCCUGAUGGGUCGGAGCACGAGAUUAAGAAGGUGGUGGCAGCAGAGACGCCCUACUCGUCCGCCAAGACCUUCGAGGAGCUCAACCUGUCAGAGCCGCUGCUGAGAGGCCUUUACUCUGAGAUGAAGUUUGAACGGCCUUCCAAGAUCCAAGCAGUCACCCUGCCCAUGAUCCUGCAGCCGCCCAAUGCUAACCUCAUUGCGCAGGCGCACAACGGGUCGGGCAAGACGACGUGUUUCGUGCUGGGCAUGCUGUCGCGGGUGGAUCCCCAGGUCAAGGCUCCCCAGGCCCUCUGCAUCUGCCCCACUCGCGAGCUGGCGCAGCAGAACGAGGCAGUGCUGCUUCGCAUGGCUAAAUACACUGGAAUUACGUGUGCGUGCACAGCGUCAGAGGGCACGGGCACCAUCAUAUCGUCCUCGCAGCAGGAGAGGCUGGGCGACCAGGUGGUCAUCGGCACUCCCGGCACGCUCAAGCGCUGGAUGACCAAGGACCGCAUCCUUCCUGUGAAGAGCAUCAAGAUUCUGGUGUUCGACGAGGCAGACCACAUGCUCGACCAGGACGGGUUUCAAGACGACUCCAUCAGAAUGAUUCAGUUCAUCACCAAGAGCAACCCCACCUGCCAGAUUCUUCUCUUCUCAGCCACGUUCAACGAGCGAGUCAAGCGGUUCGCCCAGAGAGUCGUACCAAGCGCCAACCAGGUGUACGUGCCCAAGGAGCAGCUGUCGCUGGACGUGAUCAAGCAGUACCGCGUGCGCGUGCCCUCUCGGGACGCCAAGGUCGUGGUGCUCAAAGACAAGAUCUUCCCCGCCGCUGAGAAGCUCGGCCAGUCCAUUAUUUUCGUCAAGACCCGUGAAACUGCCCGGGAUUUGCACAGGAAGCUGGAGGCGGACGGGCAUCGGUGCACGUCUAUCCAGGGCGGCAUGUCGCAUGAGGAGAGGGACGAUGUGAUCCGCGAGUUCCGCAGCGGCACCACCAAGAUCCUCAUCGCCACUGACGUUCUGGCGAGAGGGUUCGACCAGGCGCAGGUGACACUGGUGGUGAAUUUUGAUCUGCCCGUGAAGAAUGCCCCGCCCAACGAGCCUGAGUACGAGACCUAUCUCCAUCGAAUCGGUCGCAGCGGGCGAUUCGGCAGAAAGGGUGCUUCGUUCAACCUGGUGUGUGGGGAGAGGGAUGAGCGCACACUCAACAAGAUCGAGAAACACUUCGACCGCGUCAUCCCUGAUGUGCAAUGGGACGACGACGAUGCCUUUGAAAAGGUGCUCAAGGAGGCAGGCCUCGCGUGA